CUAUUCAUUGUUUUGUUGAAAUGACAUCUUUUACUACAAAUACGUCAUUACCUUCUAAUCAAUUUAAAAUGUUUCCAGAAAACAUUGUAAACUUACAUUUUCCAUCACCAUCAUCAUCAUUUUUACCUUAUUCAUCAACAUUUGCACUUUUCAAUGAACUUACAACAAAAUUUAAACAUCAUUCUCAUAUUACACAAAACAACAGUUUACAAUCAACUGAGAUCAAUGGUUCAUUAUCAGAGAAUACUUACAAGGACAAUAAAUCUUCAUAUUCAAAUUCUAUAACCAAUACAUCUACUCAUUGUUCCACAGAUUUUGAUGAUACUCAUACAACAACUUUAAAUAAUAAUAAUAAUAAUAAUAAUAAUAAUCAUUAUAAUAAUGAAAGUAAAGAUACUACUGAUAACAUUGAACAAUUCUCAUUUAAACUUGAAAAUUUUGGUACUUAUUUUAAAAAUUCAUUAAUUCCUUCUUAUUGUUCUAUACAGAAAAACAAUGAUUCAACAAAUCAACAAUCACCAUUACAUAUUAAUAGUCAACAAUUCAAUCAUCAUCAUCAUCAUUCUAUAUCUUGGUUACAUAAUCCAGUAAUCAAAUUAGAAAGAGAAAAAGGUAAUCAUAUAAUAAUAAAUAAAAAGAGCAUUACAAAUAAACAAAUCAUACAUCCUAUAAUGAAUUUACCUAAUGAGAGCCUAAUGAAAGAUCAAGAGGAUAUUGUAAACAUGGAAGUAGAACCUUCAGCACCAAUUAUGUUAAAAGAUGGAAUAAUUAUGAAUGAAGAAUUAUCUAAUGAAUCUAUACAUCAGUUAUAUUUAUCAAAUCGUAACAAUCAUAAAUCUAUUGAAGUAAAUAAUAAUGAUAAUAAUGCUGAUGAUAUACAAGAACAAUCAAAACGUUAUCGGACUAGUUAUUCACAAAAACAAAUUGAAGUAUUGGAGAAAACUUAUCAAUUAGAUCGUUAUAUUAAUCGACCACAAAGAGCUAAAUUAUCGAUUGAAUUAGAUCUGCCAGAAAAUAAAAUUAAAGUUUGGUUUCAAAACCGGCGAAUGAAAGAAAAACGUCAAGCUCUAAUGUUGCCAACUGUUGCAGGUAAAGAUCCUUAUUUGAGAGAAACUCUUCUUAGAGUUACACAAUUAUAUUGUGCAACACGAUAUGGUAAUGAAUUUCCUAUUAUGGAUAUGACAAAGUCUCAAUCAAGAGUUUUACAAAAUAGAAAUGUUUCUAGUGAAAUUCGUAAACGGAUAAGAACAUCAUUUAAUCCGACAACAACAAUCACAACAGCUGUAUUAUCCGAUAAAAACAGUCACCAUAAUUGCAAAUCACAAAGUUUGUCAAAGAAACCAUGGGAAAAAGAACCUAAUUUAAUAACCCAUAGCAUGAAUAAAUUUAAACAUAACUUCAUUCAUAAGAAGAAUGAAGCUAAUCAGUCAAAUAUAAAGUUCAGUAAAUCUUUGCUAAAUAAUACAAAUGAGCAAAUUCUAUCAAGAAGGCAUGAAAAUGAAGUUGUAACUUCAGGGAUUUCUCGUGAAAACUUCAGUCCAAAGUUUCAGAAUGACACAGAAAUAUCUAGUGAUAAUAUAAUGGACAAGAAUGUUGAUAUAAACAAAUGCGCAAUGAUUUCUCAUCCUUUAAAUCUUUCAACUUCAUCAGUUAGUAGUGAUGAAAGUCAUUCAUUGGUUGAAGAUCAAUCUAUUCAAACAAAACAAAAUUUUACCAAUCUAUUUUCAACAUUUCCAUUCAUUCAUAGUACAUCCUCAGCUAUGUUGGAUUAUCAUAAUGAAUCGGUUAUCUCAUCUACAACAUCACAAAUGAAUUCAUUCUAAUUUACUCAAAUCAUCAAACAUGGGUAAACGUUUUAAAAACCUGCUCAACUAUAUUUCAAUCAUUAUCAAUGCUUAUCAUAAUCUUAUGUAUGGAAGGAUUAGAACGUGUAAAUGAAUGGCAGUAUGCAUAGAUAAGAACAGCU